GUCUUCUUGACUUUUGGUUGUUUUUUUAAUGGCAAGAGGCACAAUGUCAAAGUGUGUCUUGAGAAGUUUGAGUCCUGAAUCUCACAGUGAUUUCUCUGUAUGGAAUUCUGACCCAAUUUGUAUUGGAAGAUCAAGAGAUACUAGAAUAAAAGACAAAAGAUGUUCAAAACAGCAAGUUGAGAUCACAUGUAAUUUUCCGGCUUUCAAAUGUGUGUUGAUGCAACUGGGUAGUAAUCCUUCUGCUCUAAAUGGCAACUUGUUGAAGAAAAAAACUCCUCUUCUUGCAAAUCACGGGGACAUAUUAGAGGUCUUGGCUGGCAGUCACAAGUAUAGAAUAGAAUUUGAUCCGCCUCCUCCAACUUCAACUGAAGACAAACCCCCAGACUUUAAUUUAGAACCAUCUUGUGAUUCAGACAAGUUGAAAAGUUCUCUUGGAGAAGGCAGCAUCAGUGAAGAAGAUUCCAUCUCUAAAGUUCUUGUGGAAGUGAAAAGGGACCCCACGUUGUCCAUUCUAAAAAGCAUGCCUAAGGUCAAGGCAGUGGAGCCAAAAGCUACUACAACUAGAAAAAGAGAGACUUCAGCAAAUGAAGAUUCCAGUACAAAGAAAUUGAAGACUGAAGGCUUUUGGAAAUCUGUUGAAAGUGGUGACCUGCUUAUCUACAAUGCCAACCUUUCUCCUGGCUCACAGAAGGUUGCAGCUUAUGACAUGGAUGGAACUCUGAUAACCACUCAAUCUGGUCGUGUUUUUGCCACGGACUACAAUGACUGGAAGAUAAUAUUUUCAGAAGUUCCUGGCAAGCUCAAAAGCUUGCAUCAAGAUGGCUUCAAGAUCUUAUUUUUCACUAAUCAGGCUGGCAUUGGGACCGGUAAGCAGACAGCAGCCGGCAUACAGGGCAAGAUAGAGAGCAUCAUUGGCAGACUGGGUGUGCCAGUGCAGGCUUUUGUAGCUACAAACUCCAGCAAAUACCGCAAGCCUCUCCCCUACAUGUGGAACUACUUUGAGGAACAUUGCAACUCAGGCGUGUCGGUUGAGCGGACGGAGAGCGUGUACGUAGGAGAUGCAGCAGGCAGGCCUGAAGUGCCCAAGACGCGCAAGAAAGAUCACUCGUGUGCAGACAGACUCUUUGCCCUCAACCUCGGCGUGCCAUUCGAGACACCUGAGCAGCACUUCCUUGGUCGUAAGCCCGAGACGAUGCUGCUACCCUCGUUCGACCCCCGCGUCGUGACGGCCGACGGGCCGCUCUACAGCCCGGCCUCCACCAAGGUGCCAGCCCACGCGUCUGAGCUCGUGGUGAUGGUUGGGUUCCCUGGGUCAGGCAAGUCGCUGCUGAGCGACGAGCUCUGCCGCAGUCACGGCUACGUGGCGGCCAACAGAGACCAGCUGGGCACCUGGCAGCGCUGCGCCUCCCUCGUCCAGAAGACGCUCCAGGACGGCGGCCGCGUCGUGGUUGACAACACAAACCCUGACCGCGCCUCACGGGCGCGCUACCUGAAGGUGGCCCAGGACGUGGGGGUGCCGGCGCGCUGCUUCGUGUUUAACGUCAACAAGCAGCACGCCAUGCACAACAACAGGUUCCGUGAGCUGACUGAGCCGAAGCGUCCAAAAGUGAGCGAGAUGGUCUACAACAUGUACAACUCGAAGUUCGAAAAGCCGGAGCUGAGCGAAGGCUUCAAAGACAUCGUCACCGUCAACUUCGUGCCUCGCUUCCAAGACAAGAAAAAGGAAGAAUUGUACCGGAUGUUCCUACUUGAAAAAUAGUCACCUUCGUGCCCUUAUUUUACUGUGAUACUCUUUGUUUUGUAGUAGGCUUUGCGACAGGCAUCGCAUAUUAAUCUAUUUAAUGUUUUUUAUAUUAAUCUGCACUUUAGCUGGUGACGUGAGACUAUAUAAGCGCGUGGCUGUAGCUAUGCAUCAGGACUUUGAUCAUUCCUAUCAUAUGAUGCCUUCGAUCGCUUAUAAUCUAGCACACUAUUAUCAUUGUGAUGCCGCUCAUGAAUGAACGAUAAUAUGAUCACUUGAAACAUGAUCACUGAGUUUGAAGCCCCGGUGUGUGAGUUGAUUUGUAGUGCUCAUAAUCACCCACCUAGACCUUAAAAAAAUCAAUUACUCUGCACCAUCGUUCAUCACGCGCGUUAAGGUAGCUAAUAACUUUCAAUGGAAACCAAGUUUAUUAGCAAAAUGUCUUCGACAAAAAUAUCCAGAUUUAAGUUCAUGAUAUAGAUACAUAUUUAAAACAUUCAACCAUGGAAAAUAGUGGAAGAACUAAUUUAGAUCGAAUGAUUUCUUGGGUUGUAAAAGCCGUCUCCUUGUAAGCGGAAUGGUGCUUUUUCCUGCAAAGUACAGUCUUGCCCAGAAACAAUUUAAGACUUUAUAUUUAAUGAUGUUAUUUUGCUAAAGCUAGUUUAAAUGAUCUCGUCUCUUGUUUAAAUUACAUUAUUGUAACAUUACCGCACGAACAUGCUACUAGAAUGCUUUACGCUCGACAACAGUGCAUUUAAGUUGGUUUUGACGAAUCGCCCUGAUGAAUAAUUUACGUCGAGAAAUUAUGAACGUCGCCAAAUUUAAGGGGUAUCAACCUCCGCAAGAAUACGUAUGGGCUUGAAAAUUGCAGACGCGGCGACUUGUAGAAAAUAGUCACUGACACACAAAUAUUAUGACUUCUGCAUCAGUUGCAUUGCUUGAAUAACGAAGUGUUAAAUAAAUUGACAGUUAUCAUCAACCUCUCUCGUCACGCUGCGAAUUGAGUGGAAAAACGUGCAUCAUCCUUCUGAUAAAAGUGACUAACCUAAUUGAUAGAAUGCUCGCGCUAAAACCCCUGUCAUGGAUCCACUGAGAUAAUAUGUUAGUCACUGAUGAGGGCUUUGUGCCGCAGAAGUAGCAGCUGACAAAGCGUUCCCAUAACGGGUGCCGGAGACGCGAGCUGUAGCAAGUUCAAGAUACACGAGUUAUUAUACGCAAUUUAACGCACCCAAUGCUUUUAACAAUAAAUUCGUUCGUUUCUCA